CCUCGCACAGUCAGGCAGGCAGGCACAGGCUGACAGGCGCACAGCUAGCUCCCGAUCAGCGCAGCGCUAGAGCUUCCGUCCGCGUGCGCACACGCAGCUCCAGCGAGUUUGAACCUUGCACACAGCCUGUUCGUUCGACCGGGAGCCAGCCAGCCAGCCAUGCCGGCCUUCGCGGGGAGCGCAGCGGAGCCGCCGCUGGCGGACAGCUACCACGCGCUGCUCCGGCGCCACGGCGGCGGCGACAACGACGAUGGCGCUCACACGGCAGCAGUGCCCGUGGCGGAGUGCGAGCUCCCGAUGAUCGACGUAGGGUGCCUGACGCGCGACGGCGGUGGCUCGGAGGCGGAGCGGGCGGCGUGCGCGGCGGCCAUCGCGCGCGCCGCCGAGGAGUGGGGGUUCUUCCAGGUGCGCAACCACGGCGUGGCCCCGGGGCUCCUGGACGCGAUGCGCCGGGAGCAGGCGCGCCUGUUCCGCCUCCCGUUCGAGGCCAAGUCCACGGCCGGCCUGCUGAACGACUCCUACCGCUGGGGCACCCCGACCGCGACGUCGCCGCGGCAGCUCUCCUGGUCCGAGGCUUUCCACGUCCCGCUCGCCGGCGUCUCCGGCGACCGCUGCAACUUCGGCGACCUCACCGCACUCAGGGACGUGACGCGGGAGGUGGCGGGCGCGAUGUCGAAGCUUGCCGGCACGCUGGCGCGCGUGCUCGCCGAGGCGCUCCUGGCGGGGCGGCGCCCGGCCGGGGAGCGCUUCCCGGAGGGUUGCGACGAGACGACGUGCUUCCUCCGGCUGAACCGGUACCCGCCGUGCCCGGUCUCCCCCGACGCCUUCGGCCUGGUGCCGCACACCGACAGCGACUUCCUCACCGUGCUGUGCCAGGACCACGUCGGCGGCCUGCAGCUCAUGAAGGGCGCCAGGUGGGUGGCCGUCAAGCCCAUCCCCGGCGCCCUCAUCGUCAACAUCGGGGACCUGUUCCAGGCUUGGAGCAACAACAGAUACAAGAGCGUGGAGCACAAAGUGGUGACCAACGCGACGACGGAGCGCUACUCCGUCGCCUACUUCCUUUGCCCGUCCUACGACUCGCCCAUCGGCACGUGCGAGGAGCCUUCUCCUUACAGGACGUUCACGUUCGGGGAGUACAGGAGCAAGGUGCAAGAAGACGUCAAGAGAACCGGGAAGAAGAUCGGGCUCCCUAAUUUCCUCGUCUAGAUCUGCAUGUGGCCUGCAAAGCGCUUACGCACAACCCGGCCAUGGCGCAAACUACCACUGCCGCCGCCGCGCCAGUUGACAAUACAUGGCGUUUUAGACAAAGAGAAUAAGCCAAAACAGCUUGUUUUGUUUUGUCCAAUGAACGUCAGUGUAAGUUUCUGGUCCUUGUCAAAGCGUGUUCCUUUCUGUAUGCCAGCAUUGUACAGUGGAGAGCGCAGUGUGAUUGGUACAUUAAUUAAUUAGUUAAUUACUAGGUUGUAGCUUAAUUGGAUGUAGCUAGUAGCUAGCUACUACGAGGAAGUACGUAGUAGGAUCGAGGGAGCGUGCACCUAGGAUAGCGAUGUGUUUUCCUGUCUAUUUUCUUCUUUAACCAUAUCCUUCUGCUAAAACAUGUUGCAUUGUAUGUUGAUGACAAUUUCUAUGUCUGUGCAUGUACAAGGAGUACUGAACCUAGUAUAUACUUAUGUUAGCUUGCUCUA